AUGUUCAUGCGAUCUGCCUUGCUGGGUGGCGUCGCUGCCCUCGGCGCCAGCGCGAUGCUGGUCAUCCCCGAGAUGGAACCCAACGUCGAUAUGGUUGAAGACGGAUUUGUGAAUGUCCACCCCGUCAUUAUGGAAGAGGCCCACCAUGCGGUCAUCGAGUUGCCUUGCACUGAUUGUCCCUUCCGUGAAACGAAUGAGGGAGGCGUCGUCAGUUGGAUGGACGGCAAACCAUCAUCAUUGACUCUGCAUUUCUCUGUGGCAGACAACAAUCUGCUGGUCAACGGUCGUCAGAUAUUCCCACCGGCGCAGCCCCUCCCAAUCCUGGCCGUCCAACACAACGAGGACGGCGAGGUUUCUACUCCCAUGCCCGUUGGGUAUGCACUCGAAAUAAUGCCAGUGGCUGGCUCCUCGGACGACCUUGGCUACGAGCUGCUGGAUAUCCGAUUCACCGUUCUCGACCUGGAGACCCACCCGGUGCCCGUUGAUACUGUCGCUAUCGUUGUUCUUCAGGAUCCCAACGGCGGGCUUUUCAUUACUCGGACCGAGAUCGAAAAGACCCCUUCUGCUUCCGAUCAUUCCUCCUGGAAGGAGUGCCAUGGGAACGCCAAAUGCCUGCAAGAAUUUUUCGCCACUCGUAUUCAAGGUCUGUUGGCUGGCGCCAAGGACCGCGUGAUGGCCUUGGCCAAAUCUCGCUCAAAGACAUGCCAUGGCCAACACAAGGGAAACAGACCAAUCCAUCCUGACUCCCACGGUCCCCACCACCACGCGUUCGGCUCUGCUCAUCCUCACCAGCAUCACCAAUACAACAGCGCCUUCGCCCGCACAUUCUCUCGCAUUGUGCACUUUAUCGUUGUCCCAGCUGUGCUAGGUGUGCUGGCGGGAUUGACCGCGAGCGCUGUUGGCAUGCUGGUUGGCCAGGCCGUGAUUUUCUUCUGGCAACGGCACCGCGGCGUCGAGUCUGCGGAGCACACGGCUGCCUGGGAGAAUGGUGAUGCUUGUGAAAAGCAGGGACUCAUGGCCGUCCCCUGUGAUCCCGAGGACGUCCUUCCUGGAUACACCGAGCACGGUCGGGUCGAGGAACAACUUGGCAAGAACUAA